AUGGUUACAUGCUUCAAGUGUAACAAGUCUGGCCACUACGCUUCCCGUUGUUCGUUCCCAAAGAAAUCGGAAGCCAAUAACGACGCAGGUAGCAGCAGAGCAGGUCCGUCGGCAGAGCGUCGCGUGGAUGUUUGUUUAAUAAACACACCAUCUGGUUCUCUACGUCAUCACGCCGAGUCACACGAGGACGUGUGA